AUGCUUGAAUCUCUGGACCUCUCUUGGAACCGACUUGAAGGAACCAUUCCGAGGGAGCUAGUGAAUCUGGAUUCUCUUGGGUUCUUAAACUUUUCUAAAAAUCAUCUAGUCGGACCCAUUCCACGAGGAAGGCACUUUGAUACAUUUGGAGAUGAUUCAUACAAAGGGAACUUGGACUUGUGUGGAUUUCCACUGGCCAAAGAUUGUGGAGAUACAGAGGCACCACCACCAGCCACGCCAUGGGAAGCUGAACAACAAUAUGAUGAUUCUGAAUUCUUUGAUGGGUUCACUUGGAAAGCUAUUCUCCUGGGAUAUGGUUGUGGAUUAGCGCUCGGAUUAGUUAUGGGAGAAGAUCAUCUAGUUGGACCCUUUCCUCGAAGAAGGCAUCUCGAUGCAUUUGGAAAUGAUUUGUGUGGAGGGAACUUGGCCUUAGGUGGGUUACCGAUGACCAAAGAUUGUGGAGAUACAUGGGCAAAACCACCACAAUCACCAUUGGGAUUUUUCAUCAACAAUAUAAUUCUUUGA